AUGUCCAAACAAUCGCUAUUCUAUCUACCCAGGUUCACACAGACCAAAUUCUCGUCGGGUGGCCGUCGGUUUCUCCAAACCAAAAAGCAGAACUCCCUGCCAGCAGCAUACUACCGCGGCGGCACUUCUCGCGCAGUGUUCUUCAAACAGGAGGACCUCCCAAAAGAUAGAAAAGAUUGGGCUGCUAUAUUCCGCAGUGUAAUCGGCAGUCCAGACCCUUAUGGGCGACAACUCGACGGGCUAGGAGGCGGCCUUUCCAGUCUAUCCAAGGUCUGCGUGGUAGGCUCAUCCACACACCGUGAUGCCGACGUCGAUUAUACAUUUAUCUCACUGGGCAUCAAGAACAGAGAUGUCGACUAUUCUAGUAACUGUGGAAAUAUGAGCUCAGCCGUUGGCCCCUUUGCCGUCGAUAUGCAGCUGUUCCCCUUGAAAAAUGUCGAUUCAGCCUUGAUUCGCAUCCACAACACCAAUACCGGCAAAAUCAUACAUUCGUCAUUCCCAGUAGUCGACAGUGAAGCUGCGUCUAGUGGCGACUUUACCAUCGAUGGAGUCGCUGGCACAGCUGCCCGCGUCCAACUGGAUUUUAUCAAUCCCGCUGGCUCGGUCACGGGGAAGCUAUUGCCCACAGGAAAUGCCAUGGAUGCCUUCGACGGAAUGAAAGCCACAUGCAUCGAUGUUGGAAAUCCGUGUGUAUUCGUCCAGGCCCAUAGUCUUGGCGUCCAGGGUAAUCUGACGCCUGACGAAAUCACUACUCACCCUGGUUUGCUUGAGCGUUUGGAUUCUAUUCGCCGCCAGGCAGGCAUCAAGAUGGGCAUUGCAAAUGAGCCCGAUGCUGUUCCUGGUAGUGUGCCUAAGAUUUGUAUUGUGGCUUCGCCUUCUACUGAUGCGCGAGAUGUGGAGCAGAAGCAGACGUCUGCGCAUGUUGAUCUUCUUGUGCGGGCACUUUCCGUGGGACAGCCUCAUAAGGCUGUUCCUAUUACUGUUGCUUUGGCUCUUGCUGCUGCUGCUCGUGUGUCUGGGAGUACAGUUGCUGGUGUUGUGAAUCAAGAGCAGGUUGAUAGUGCUGGGAUUACAAUUGGCCAUGCGAGCGGGAAUCUCAUGGUUGGUGCUAAAUUUUGUGCCGAUGGAGCUUUGAAAUCUGCUACUGUGUUUCGUACUGCUCGCCGUUUGUUCGAGGGGCGCAUUUUCUGGAAGAAUGAUGCCUAA